GAAGGAGGUCGACUUCGCAGUCAGCGGUGAGGACCGACGCCGAAGGGAACACAACUGACGAAGGCUUUGCUCUCUGAUCUUCGGGAUGAAUAUUCUGGUGCUGCUUUCCCUGGCGGGCGUGGCUGCCUGUAGCACCUCCCUCAUCGGGGCGGACCGAGCCAGGGACGUGGAGCUGCAGUACACCUUCGUCAACGACGCCGGGAAAGAGGUGAGGGUGGAAGUCGAGGCCGACCGCCUGGGCCUGUCCCUUCGGAAGCAGCCCGACUCGGAGCUGGACGUCGAGAAGGAGGUCAUUUCCGACGGCGAGGAAGCUUCUCCUGUCGACACCGCUGACGCCCCGGCAGCGAAAGCCGCGGCGCGACCACGCUUGGCUUCGGCCGCCACGUCUGUCGUCCGAUCUCGCCUUCCUCAGGCCGAGGCCGCCCCUCGAACUCGCCUCGUACAAGCUGCUCCUCGGAGACAAGUGGAAACACGCUUCGUUCAAGUGGGAGGCGUUCCUGCUCCUCAGCCUGAGGUGGAGACACGCUUCGUUCAGGUUCCUGCUCCACAGCCUCAAGUGGAAACGCGCUUCGUCCACGUCCCCGUUUCCCAGCCAGAAGUGGAAACCCGUUUCGUCCAAGUAGAAGCUGUUCCUGAACCUUACGAAGUGGAAACGCGUUUCGUCCAAGUGGAGGCCGUUCCUGCUCCUCGCCGCGAGGUGGAAACGCGCUUCGUCCACGUCCCCGUUUCUCAGCCAGAAGUGGAAACCCGUUUCGUCCAAGUAGAAGCUGUUCCUGAACCUUACGAAGUGGAAAUGCGCUUCGUCCAAGUGGAGGCCGUUCCUGCUCCUCGCCGCGAAGUGGAAACGCGUUUCAUUCAGGUCGGGGCUGCUUCUCGCCCCGCCGUGGAAACUAGCUUCGUCCACGCCGGCGCCGCCCCGCUGACUCGCCUGCUGGAGCGAGACGACUUCCCGUUCGCCGCCGGCCUCUCCGCUCGGCGCCCCGCCCUCCGAGGCCGCUUCUCCCACUCGUCCGCCGGCGACAGCGCCGAGAAGUGAGCGCAGAGGGGCCUAUUGUCCG